GAGACGCGUCUGUAACUCUCGCCCCUCGGUCGGAAUUGGUCUUUUCCUUUUCCCCUUGGCCAGAUAUUGGCUGCCGUUCGCUAGCACCGAGAGAGAGGAUUGGCUGUGCUGAGGGCGACGGGCAGGCUGUGGUUGCCGCUGGGAGGCGUGCGGCCGGGCCCGGAAGGGAAUUUCAUGCAGCAAUGGGUCAAGAAUCUGGUAAACCUGCAUGGCCAAAGCCAACAGGAGGAUAUCAGACUAUUACAGGUAGAAGAUAUGGAAGAAGACAUGCUUAUGUCAGUUUUAGACCAUCUUUGAAUAGUCAAGAUGGAAAUCAACACCAACACAAUGGAGGAUAUGAAGGAUUAGAAUUGAGUGACGUUCAGGAACAGAUUUCUUUAUGUUCGGGACCAUUGGUUCAAGUUUCUUCCGGUUUAUUGGAUGAGCCUCAGUUAGAAAAUAUUGGAACUGGAGAACCCGUUUGCCAAGCUGUGUUCAGGCAAACUUCUGAGGCAAACCCUUCACCAUUUUCGUAUGGUGUGGAAGGCAGCCAGAUCUCAGGAAACGUUACGAGCCCUGAUAAAAAUUCAGAGGACCUCGCAAAAUAUGCUUCUGGAGAGUGUGAUGAUUUGAAUGGUUGCAAUGGAAUAGCUUUUGUAAACAUUGACUCUUAUGAGCCAGAUAGCAGUGAUGGAGAAGAUGAUGAUGGUCAAGGCCAACUUUGCUUGGUGAGAGAAGAAGCAGGUGUGCUUCAGGAGACAUUAGAUAACAUAGUUUCUGAGUUAGAAAAGGAUGUAGAAUCUCUUACGCAUUUACGGUCCCAAUUAUCUACUCUCAGUGACAGAGUUUAUAGAGAAUGUUGUGAGGAAAUAGGACCAGUACCCUUAACAAGAUGUUUUAGCACAGGUUCAGACUUUACCCAUCCAAACAAUGAGACAUAUAAAAAAUCUGCUGAAGAUCAAGCCAUACUGGAAAAUAACCUGAGUGGUGCCAGCUAUGAAACGCCACUGGUAAAUACAGUGAAUAUUGAAAACAGGACCUGUGUAACAACUUGUAGUGAAUUAAAUAUCAGUGAUGAGGAGGCUGAGCAAGAAGAUUCACCUGAACUAAUAGUGAGACCUAAAAUAAGAAAACUAAACCCCACAAGCCAUUUGGAUAGAGAGAAGCUUCCGAAUAAUAAUGAAGAAGAAAGCAGUUCUAAGAGGGAAGGUGAAAUUGAUGAAAUCGAGCAGGACUGUGCUGAGUUCCCCUUCAGAAAUGACAAAGAAAAAUUGAGCUCCAAUAUGUUAUUUGAUUCCAAGUGGUACAGUGGUCUUCAAAGCCACACAAAAUUAGACCUAAGAAGAAAUACAUCAGUUCAAGAACAAAAAGAUUUGCCAGAUGAUAGCAGUUUCUGGGAUGAGUUUGAAGAUGGCAGCAGACGUUUAUCAGUAUCCCACAGGAAUGAAGACAGCUCAGAGUGUAGUGAUGGAGAAUGGCCUGCAACUGGGCCAGUCUAUUUUGCUGCUGCAGAAAAAGACCAGUCCUCAAGUGAUGAGAGCUGGGAGACUGUCCCAGGCAAGGAGGAACAUGAAGCAGAAGUGCUGAGCAGCAGCAGCGGUAUAGGAGUGAAUGCAGACCCUUGCUUCCAUGGAGGGGUGCAAACGUUUUUGGAGGAAGGUGAAAUUCCUUGGUUACAGUAUCAUGAAGAAAUAGAAAGCAGCAGUGAUGAGGAAAACGACCCAUCUAGUGAUUUUGUGCAUCCUGGAUUCUUUAUGUUGGAUGGAAACAACAACCUUGAGGAUGACUCCAGUAUGAGUGAGGACCUGGAUGUGGAGUGGAGGUUGCUGGAUGAGUUUGGUGAUGGAGUAGGAGUUGCUCAAGUCAUUUCAUAUGUGGAUCCUCAGUUUUUCACGUAUAUGGCACUAGAGGAGCGCCUAGCACAAGCUAUGGAGAAUGCUCUGGCACAUUUGGAGUCUCUUGCAGUUGAUGUUGAACAGGCCCAUCCGCCAGCUACUAAAGAAAGCAUAGAUUGUCUACCACAGAUCAUUGUCACAGAUGACCAUGAUGGUCAAGAACAGUGCUGCACUAUAUGUUGCAGUGAAUAUGUAAAAGAUGAAGUCAUAACAGAGCUACCCUGCCAUCAUUUGUUUCACAAGCCUUGUGUCACUCUUUGGUUACAGAAGUCAGGAACAUGUCCUGUUUGUCGCCAUGUACUUGCUCCCAUUCUUCAUGAGGCAGCUGCUUCCUCUGCUUCCUUUCUACCUGAUGAUGACUCUUCAUCUUCUGUUUAGAAUGUUACAGGAGCUCCCAGCUAGCGUAUAUAAGGACAUUUUGUGAUGACAGCAGUACAAUUUUCUUUCACUGGAAAUGCAACGGAACAAUAUCUGACUUCUAUUCCACAUUAAACUUUUUCCUGGCAUCAGAAGUGCUGUUAGGUUACUGUUGCCUGGGCUUUUUUACAAAUGCUUUACCAAUUUUAAGUCUUAAGUCCUGAAUGAACUUUAGACUAUAUGAACUUUGGAACUUCAACAUUUGAUAUUCUGAGUUUCUAAGAAGUUGAAUCUGUAAUGUCUGGGCAGCUGGUUCUUUUGAGUUUUGUUUAAAUAUCGUUAUACUGAAUAGACCUCCUUUACUUUCUCCUCCUUGCACACACACUCACUCUCUUCUAGAUAAAUUUAUUUUUAUAUAUAAUGUAAGGGAGGGAUUGCUUUCCUAAUGCAGAUAUAAUUAAAAUAUUUUUGACUCUUGGAGUCUUGAAGUCUGAACAAGGUAGUAACAACCUUGUACACUUAGUUGAAAAAUAUAUUUGAAUACAUGGGUGUUAGGAUAACUACUAUUAUUUCAGAAAUUUAAGAAUGAAUGUUUCUGGUGUUUGCACUUGUUGCAGUGGGUUAUGCUACAUAAAGUAUUUUAAAGGGAAAAAGACUGUAAUUUCUAAAAUGUAUUUCUCUAGUUAAUACUCCGUGUCCCUUAAAGUUUUCUCUUGUGCUGAAGUUAGUCUUCGUGCACAGAAAGUUAAGAUUUUGAUUUGUGUAUUCUGUAUUAAUGGUUGUGCAAUCUUACAGUGCUGGAGCAUGGGGAUAAUAUGCAAGGAACCAAAUCCAAGCACUCUUAAAAUUACUUGCUUCCAGUAACUACUAGUUGAGCUCAUGGAAAGCUUAAUGUGAUGACUGAAAAACUAAGAUUAAAGUAGCACUCAGCUACUUGGUUGUGGUUAUUGCUGCCCUAAUAGCCUCAUCUUUAUAAAUAUUAAUAUAUUCUUUGAAUAGUGUUUUUGAGAGACAUACUGAGUAGUGUGACUUACUUUACAGUGUACUUUGUGGACUGUGACAGAACAAAGAAUUGCUGGAUAUUGCCAUAGAUCUAUUCCUGAGGUUUUAGAUUUUGCAUUCCUAAACAUGAAUACGAGGAAAUAAGAACAAGGGUGUUGGUGAAAAGUUGUGGAAGUGGUUAGCACAGCUCCUUACAAGUUUAUUUUUCUGCAUUAGAACUCUAUAUUCAUCAAAGCUCACAUCAGCAGGAUUUUGAAAAAUGUGACAGGGAACAUAGGCUAUAGGUAUACCCACUGGGACAAUUCAUACUAAUCCAAGAAGCACUAUAAUUUUCCGUAUCUCAUUUAUGAAUCAGUGCUGGGGAGAAUGCCCAUUGGUUGUUCCUCCUAUGGCAAAUGCUACAACAGGUAUUUUAACCAGCCUGAAUUGCGUUUCUUUCCUAACUGCUCAGUAUGCUGUCCCUCAUUUAAUCCUUUAAGAACUGUGUUUUGUAAAGAGGAUUACCUCAGAUUCUGGGGCAAGAUUUGGAAGCACUCUUGCUUGUAGCUUUUGAUUCCGGACUUAACCAGCAAUGUCAGGAGCUAAGACAGAAGCAGCUGUUGGGCUUUUUUUCUCCUUAUCUGUUACUGGCCUCAGUUUUGCUUACUAUUUCUAAACAACUGAUGAACAGCUGUCUAAGUGUUAAAGCUUUUUUUUUUUCCCCCUUCACCUUGAAUGGAUUGAUGGAUUAUUCAUAGAUCUUUCCUAGUGCCUCAACUGAGGAAAUAGCAAAUGAAAGAUCUUUGUCAAGGUGUCUGCAAAAUUAUAUGCCAGGUCAGGACAUAUUCAGGAGAUUACCAGAAACCUUCAGCAACACGAAAGAAGAGUUGAAUGAUCAAAUUCUUUGGAAUAUUCAAGUGCUGGUUGUGAUUUAUUUUUUUGGUAAACAAAAUUGUGUCAGAUUGCUGUGCACAUUCAGUGGUAAAAUCAGUUCAAGUAGGCCUGGUCCUUGAAAAUGCCUUGUAAAGUGUAAUGUUUUCCUAGAACAAUAAAUACUAAAGAACAAAUAUUUGCUCAAAAAGAACAUCCUGGGCAUUCUCUAAUAAAAAAUUCUAGCUACAAGAAGAAAAUCUUUUUCCCACACUAGGUAAAAAAAAGCAUUCAACAAAAAGGUGGAAGUAAAUGUGGAAAAAUAGGUCUGCUACAACCAAGGGUUUGUAUCAUCUCUUCAUGUACUAGUAAACUGGAUGCAUCAAAAGUCCAUAGGAGAUCAUAAAAGGGGAUAAACAAAUUACCUGCUUUGAAUAAUGUUCAAGUAAUACAGAAGUUCUUGUGAAAAAUGUGUUUCUGGUAAACUACAUGAUGUAAAAUGAAUGCUUUUUAAUAUGUAAUAAAACAUUUUCA